CGAUUUGUUCAGAUUGAUGCUGUGCUGCUCUGCUACGCCUUUGUUGAUUUGUUUGCUCAUGUUCACGAAGUUGCCGUAAUGUCUGACUGUAGAAUUUUGACGUAAAUCAAUUGGUCUUCAUGACGCAAAUUUCAAUUUGCUGCCGUAACAAACGGACAAAUGUAAACAAUGUGAUCUCCGUUCGGUUUCCAUUCAUGUUUUGGAGUGAGUGUUGUACAUGAAAGCAGUUGUCAAUUAGAUCGCACCGCCUCGUCUUUCAUUUUAUUAAAUAGUUGCUCGCACUUUUAGCUGCCCAUACUCCCAAACACAUGUAUUCUAUUAUGUCAGUUUCAAAGCGGUUUCCGCCAAUUUAUGUUCUACCUUCGUUUCUCUAAUCUAAACAAUAUUUUUGGAUUUCUCCUUAAUUUUAAGGUUGCUUAGUUGCUGAGUGGAAACAUGACUAAGAAGUUCGAGUUUGAUUGGCACAUCCCUGUGCCUGAAAUACUGCAGCAGGGUUGUGUAUUUGAUCGAUGGACUGAGGAGAAGGACAACACUGAAUUUGAGAAGAGCUGCAUGUUUAAAGUGGAUGAGUAUGGAUUUUUUAUUUAUUGGAAGAGUGAUGACAAGGAAGGUGAUGUUAUUGAGUUAUGCCAAGUGAGUGAUAUUCGAGCUGGUGGAAUCCCAAUUGACAGAAAGCUGCUUUCCAAUCUGGAGAAGAAGCAUGGUAAUAACUUGGAUGAGAAAUCUCUAACAAUAUGCAGUGGCACGGAUUACAUCAAUAUAAAUUAUCAGCAUAUUGUGUGUCCAGAUGCUACCACAGCUAAGGUGUGGUUGGAUGGUUUGAGAAAGAUUACACAUAAUGUCAAAGCGAAUAACUUCUGUCCAAUGACUUGUUUGAAAAAGCAUUGGAUGAGGUUGGGUUUCUUGGUGGAUCCAAAAGGGAAGAUUCCCGUGAAAGUGAUCGCUAAAACGUUUGCCUCUGGUAAAACCGAGAAAUUAGUUCAUCAAUGCUUGUCGGAAAUGGGAUUGCCAUCCGGAAAGGGCGAUGUCAUGGAUAAGGAUGCAUUCACCUUCGAUAAGUUCUAUGCGCUUUAUCAUAAGAUCUGCCCAAGGAACGACAUCGAGGAGCUGUUCAGAGAAAUUGGAAAAGGAAAAGAAUUCAUCAACUUAGAGCAAUUUAUAACAUUUAUGAAUGAUAAACAAAGAGAUCCUCGUCUAAAUGAAAUUUUAUAUCCACUUUACGAAGAGAAGAGAGCUGCAGAGAUUAUUGCAACUUACGAACAGGAUGAAGCAGUCGUAAAAGAAAACAGACUAACAAAAGAUGGAUUAAUUCGAUAUUUGAUGUCCGACGAAAACGCUCCAGUUUUCCUGGACCGACUCGACAUUUAUAUGGAGAUGGAUCAGCCGUUAUGCCAUUAUUACAUCAAUUCUAGUCAUAACACUUACUUAUCAGGCAGACAGUUUGGUGGAAAAUCUUCAGUAGAAAUGUACAGGCAAGUUUUAUUGGCUGGUUGUCGAUGCGUCGAAUUAGAUUGUUGGGAUGGAAAGGGCGAAGACGAGGAACCGAUUAUAACCCACGGUAAAGCAAUGUGUACAGACAUCCUCUUCAAAGAUGUUAUCUAUGCAAUCCGAGAUACAGCUUUUGUGACUUCCGAUUACCCCGUCAUUCUUUCUUUCGAGAAUCAUUGUUGCAAAACUCAACAGCAUAAAAUGGCUAAAUAUUGUGAUGACAUAUUUGGGGAUUUAUUGUUGAAAGAACAAUUGGAAGAUUAUCCUCUAGAACCGGGUGCCCCAUUGGCACCUCCAUGUUUGCUGAAGAGAAAGAUUUUAAUUAAAAACAAGAGAUUAAAACCAGAAGUGGAAAAGCAGGAACUUGAGCUGUUCAGGCAAGGUCAGUUUGUUAUUGAAGAUGAAGAAAAAGAAGAUGCGAGUGCUCCAGUUGACAAGACUCCACCACCUGAAGUACCUGUAGAAGUGACACCUGGUCCGGAAGAACCAGCUGGUGCUGAUGGAGAUGCUCCUCCGCCAGUACAAUACACUGGCUCCACAACAAACGUCCAUCCAUGGUUGAGUUCAAUGGUAAAUUACGCGCAGCCGGUAAAAUUCCAGAGUUUCGAUAUAGCCGAAAAAAAGAAUGUUCACCACAAUAUGUCCAGCUUUUCCGAACCCACCGGAUUGAAUUAUUUGAAAACUCAAGCAAUUGAAUUUGUAAACUACAAUAAAAGGCAAAUGUCCAGAAUUUAUCCUAGCGGAACACGUGCUAAUUCAUCUAACUAUAUGCCACAGGUGUUCUGGAAUGCUGGCUGUCAGAUGGUUUCAUUGAAUUUUCAAACUUCUGAUUUGCCUAUGCAACUGAACCAGGGUAAAUUCGAAUACAAUGGUAACUGCGGAUAUCUGCUGAAACCUGACUUUAUGAGAAGGGCUGACCGUACUUUCGAUCCAUUCGCUGAAAGCCCUGUGGAUGGUGUAAUCGCAGCUCAAUGUUCGGUUCGAGUUAUUGCAGGACAAUUUUUAUCCGAUAAAAAGGUAGGAACUUAUGUGGAGGUCGAUAUGUAUGGUUUGCCCACCGAUACAAUCAGAAAGGAAUUUAGAACCCGCAUGGUACCAGCAAAUGGUCUAAACCCCGUUUACAACGAGGAACCGUUUUUGUUCCGUAAAGUUGUCCUGCCAGAUCUUGCUGUACUUCGUUUUGGAGUUUACGACGAAGGUGGAAAAUUACUUGGCCAAAGGAUUUUACCCCUAGAUGGUCUUCAGGCGGGAUACCGUCAUAUCUCUUUAAGGACUGAAGCCAAUUUUCCCAUGUCUUUACCCAUGUUGUUUUGCAAUAUUGAAUUGAAAAUUUAUGUACCUGAUGGUUUUGAAGACUUUAUGGCCGCUUUAAGCGACCCUAGAGGUUUCAUGGGAGCCCAACAAAAACAGAAUGAGCAGAUGUCUUCCAUGGGUAUUGAGGUAACUGAUAGUAAGGGAGAUAUCAACAAAGAUAAGAAAGAAGAAAAGAAAGAAGAACCGUUGGUUUUUGAACCUAUUACAAUCGAAUAUAUAAGACAAGAUAAAGGUUUUCAAAAAACCACAAAAAAACAGCAAAAGGAAUUUGAAACGCUAAAAAAGAAACAGUCUAAAGAGAAAUUAGCAAUGCAGAAGGCUCAGUGUACUGCCAUAGAUAAACUAAUUAAAGGUAAGAAUAAAGGCGAUUUGAAUAAUGACCCGGCUAUUAGAAAGCUUGUUGCUGAACAAACUGUGCAAUGGAGCGAAUUGAUGGAAAAGCACAGGAAACAAGAAUGGGAAUCAUUGCGUUUGCAACUGGACGAUCAAAGGGAUGUACUCAGGAAGCAUAUGGAAUUAAUUCAAGCUUCUCAAGUGAAACAAUUAGAGGCUAGACAUGAAAGGGACGUGAAGGAAAUGAAUAGUAGACAAGCCAAGACCUCUGUUGAAACAGCCAAAGAGGUUAAUAAUGAUAAAACUUUAAAAACUAAACAAGAAAAAGAUAGAAGAUUGAAGGAGAAGCAACAGAAUAACACCAAGAAAUUUGUUGAUGAAAGAAAGACUAUGAAAAUUAAGCAAGCGAAAGAAAAAGAUAAAUUGAAGAUAAAGCACGACAAACAGUUGGAGAUGCUCUCGCACGAUAUCCAAAAACUAAUAGAAAUGUACAAGAACGAGGAAAGCGAGUACGAGCUAUGCGGAAAGAAUGAGUUCUUCGCCUAGAGAUGUUUUUUACCUUAAUGAUCUUUAUUUUUACGGACCAAUAAUAAAAGUAAUUUAUUAGCGUAUUUUAACCUAUAUUCGGCCUCAUAUUAUCGUUGUUGUGAUUUUAAAAUAUUUUAUUGUUCAGAUCUAGAAUGUU